UCUAUUUCGCCCUUCAAUUGCUGUAUAAUCCCUAUCCAGAGUCAAAAUGCCGCUGGACACAAUAUAUCUAACUCGUCAUGGCCACCGUCUGACCUUCACCGUCGACCCCAAAACCGGCGAAUACCGCUCCCAAUUCCCAACCCCAACCGAUAACCCAGCAGACCCAAUCCUAACCUCCCAUGGCGUGCAGCAAUCGCACGAACUCGCCGCGCACAUCUCCAGCCCGGGAUUCAACCCGAAGCCUUUCCGAAUCUACUCGAGCCCGUACUAUCGAUGCUUGCAGACGAUAAAGCCGACUGUGGAGAAGUUGCGGGACUUACAAGUGCUGCCGGAACCGGAGCGAGUGGACGGGAAGGUAGCGGAUGAUUGGAAGGAUGGGCUGUUGCGUGUGAAAGUUGAGAAUGGAGUUGGCGAAUGGUUUGGUCCAACAUCCUGGUUCCACCAUCCCAGCCCCGAGUCCCCCAGCGUCCUCUCAAGACACUUCCCAAAACUCCUGUACGAAAACAUAAACGGCGCAACCUACAAACCCGUCCUCAUCCCCUCCACCCGCGGCGAGACAAUCACCCAACUGCACAACCGCCUCGCCCUAGCCCUGACCGCCAUAAUCGCAGACUUAGACCGCCAUAUCUCAAUCGACGAAAAAUCCCAACCCGAAAGCGAAAGAACAAGUAAAGCAGUCCUGAUAUGCUCUCAUGCAGCAUCGCUGAUUGCAAUGGGACGGGUAUUAACGGGAAACAUGCCUGAUGAUAGCGGGGAGGAGGAUUUUAAGGUAUUCACGGCGGGACUGAGUACGUUUAAGCGAAGGGGUCCUGGUGUUCCAUUAACUGGGGCUUUUGAUGCUACGGAACAUGUUGACGAAGAUGAUGAGCGGGCGACCAAAAAGUUGGUGGCGCCUGGGACAGAGACGCUGAGGCCUCGGAUGAGGAGGGUUCCAGAGUGGGAGGGAGGAAGGGGGAUUGCGGGUGGAUGGGAUUGUGUUGGGAAUGGGGAUUGUAGUUUUUUGAGUGGUGGUGCUGAGAGGGGAUGGCAUUUCAAUGGUGACGAGUCGUUCGAUCCUGCGCCUGGGAUGCUCGUCUCGGAUGGAAUGCCUGCUACGAAGUUAUGAUAGCCUCAUUGACAUGUACAGGGCAUCACAACCAGUAUAGUAAAAUAGAUUGGGACGUAUGUAUGUAUCUACAAUGGAUAUAUUACCAUAUUCAUUUUAUGAGAUCGAAAUAUUCAUUCCCUAUGCCGCAACGCUAAGACACAAACGAGUAUAAG